AUGACAUCCCCGGCUAGUGCUAACAGUAAAAAUGAUAAUGGACGUUUGACAGCUGUUGUUCAUUUUGCACAAAAUGUACCGCCGGAUCGUUUUGGCCAGCCCGAUCCCUAUGUUCAACUAAUAUUCAAUGAAGAGUCGCACGGAAAAGCUGUUACAAGACCCGACUAUGUGCACUGUAUAUUACCAUUAGAAUUUUUUGGUCAAACAGAAAAACAUGCUUGGCUUUUAAAUGCGCGUUUAUCGGCUUAG